AUGCUGCUGCUGAAUCCAUUCGAUUCAUGGCUGCCUGCCCCCCUCUCGCUGGACCGAGCUGCCAUAUUCCUGGAACGGGCUCUGGAGCCAGGCGCGCCGCUGCCGCCCGAUGUGCUCGAGGAAGAGGACUUUGAGAAGUCGUGGUCCCCCAGAUCGCACACAGACCGUGGCGAUGGAGUCACAACCGUUUGCGCCUCACAUUUGGCCCCAAGAGCAUUGCCGAAAGACUGUGACUUCGGUAAGCAGCUUUUGCAAGCUUGGAUAUCAAGCUAUGUGCAGCAUGGUGCAGUCCCCGGCUUCGAUGGGAUUCUCACCAAGAUGUACAAAGCCUAUGUCCGGACUCGGCAACAGACACUUGCAGAUGACAGCUGUGCAGUUGUCCUGUUGCCUGGCUGGUCACUGGCCGAGCCCCACUUUCCAGAUGGCUUUCGUUACUUUGGUCGCCGCGGUUCUGAAGACGAGCUGGAGGACAGACCUCACUUUCAUAGCCAGCUCUUCUCCGCGCGGGCGCACAAGGAACGAGCAGACUGGGUCCUGGUCCGUUCUCUGAAAAUGUUUCUUCCGUUGGAUUAUGGGCCACCUUCCGCGCGGAAUGUCCUUCCACGCAGCGUGGUUGACAUGGCCCAGCGCAUGCUGUCUGUGCGCGGUGCUGCCAAGCCCAUGCACUUUGGAGUCGUCAAAAACUCGGCGGGUCGGCACUGGCGGACACCUGUGGACAUGCUGGAUAUGAUGCAGAACUCGAUGGUUCAAACCUUUGAUGCUGGACAGCCCAAGCUGCUGCCACGUGAGGCGGCACUGCCUGGCAACAUGGGUGGAUUCCGCACCUUCCGGGAUGUGCGGGUUGUGGGUACCUCGAGCUGUGGGCGUAAUGAUGCUCGCGUUUCCAUCCAGGAUGAUGGAAAGCAACUUCGGUUCUAUUGCCGCACUGGUGUACGGGUCGAGGCUGGACAGGAAAGCCAGAGCUAUGAAGCUCAAGCAGCUAAGGCAUGUCGGCAGGCCUUGUCAGUGGACAAGGGCCGCUUUGAACUCAGUGGUUCGCCCGCCUGGGUCAACGCCGCCAUGUCGCUGCUGGCCUUCGACCCACUACCGGGCCGAUCCCGAAGCCCCGAGGACGAUCUGCGGCUUACGGAGGCCGAGCUGCAAAGCCACUUCACCAACCUCAGCUUGAGCCUUGGCACAUGUGGGACUUCGCUGGUGGCAAAGCUGGAGGCCUUGUUGGAUGAUGUAGAGGAGCACAUGACGGUGGUGGCCCACUCGGCUUCCCGAUGCGAACUCCUGGAUCGGCUGGGGGCGUCCUUCCGCACCAUGUAUGGUCGGCUGCCGGUACUGGUGACCUGCGAAUGUCCAGAAGCUGCAGGCUGCUUGGAGCCCAGCCAACGGCGCCACCCCGCUAUCCCGUACAUGUCAGUGAUCGAUGUGCCUUUCGAUUUCGGCUUAUCUCGUGGCAAGAAGCUCUUGGUGAGCAGUGUCAACACGGAGUUUAUCCUGGUUUUGGAUGACGACUUUGUGCGGUCUCCACUCUCGUGCUUGGAGUGCAUGCUGUGGCACAUGCGCAGUCGUUUGCACUCGCUGACGCUGCCUUUUGACAUGCUCGGCUUUCCCAUACUGGAAGAUGAGCGGAAUUUCGGGGCGUUCAGGGGCCGUUUGCGGGCUACCAGCAACCGGCUUUACCUGGAUCCCAUCGUGGCCGAAUCAGCAGCUGAUGGCUGCACUCGAGUUGGAAUCCAUCCUAUGGCAUUUCUUGGGCGCACAGCUCGCCUUCGGGGAUUCAAGUUUCAAGACAACUUGCAGGUUGGCGAGCAUGAGCAGUUCUUCUAUUCCAACAAGUACUUGGGCCUGCACGCCGCAGUUUGCUUUGAUUCAACAUUUCCACACUUCCGUGUAAAGAUGAAAGGCCUGUACAAGCAGCGGCGUGACCGAAUGCAAGAGCUGAUGACCGCCGAGUUUACGAAGGUUGGCUUCCCGAGCAUGAUGUACCUACUCCAGAAGUAUGAUAUUCUCAAUGGAGCCGACCACGCUGAAUUUCUUUCCAAGGAUGUGCCUCCCUGGCACAUUUCUGACGACACUUGCGGACCGCAGCCUGACCCCCCAGCUGACUUUGCCAUGUUUUUCGCAGCGAUCUUUUCUUCUGCGUCUGAUCGCAGCGCACAAUUUAGAAAUGCCCUGCGUGGAGAGCAUGGCCAAUCAUCGAACGUAUGGCUACCAAAGCUCAUGGAGCUUUCAGCUGUGCGCUGGGCAUUCUUCUUGGACGAGAAUGCAGCAAGUGGCAGUAUAAUGGACGAGGAGGCUGAAUAUGGUGAUCUCGUCUUCAUGCCUUCCAAGGUGUCAGGUGCGGAGCAGCUCCGAUGGUGCUUUGCCUUCCUGCAGCGUUUCCAGUUCCGGUGGCUACUACUUGCGCAGGAGGACACCUUUAUCAAUGCCAUGGUGCUUUUCGGCGUGCUGUCGGGCGUUGAACAGGCAUGGGGGAAUGCUGCAUCGCGGACAGUCGUGGGAAAGUGGACUUCAAAUGUGUUGUCACCUGAGCUGGUGGUACUGACGCAGGAUGUCUUUCAUCUCUUGGCGUCCAGUCGGCUGGUUCGCUGGCUUCGCACCGAUGACGGCGACGGCUACGGACAAGCUUUAAAUGCCUGGUUGGCACCUCUGGCCAUUCAAAAGGAGAUGCUGCCCGGGGUAUAUACAGGACAGGUUGGCUGCCCAUUGGAUGCAUCAGUGCUACAUCCUGUGGAGCUUGCCGAUCUGCUCCUCCUCAGCGACGCGGCCACGAGUGGUGCCCCCUGCGAGGUGCUCGCGGACAUGCGCACGGGCUGA